AUGACCUCCCCUGUCCGACUGGAAAUUAUUCGUGCGAGUUGUAACAAUUGCGCCAAGUCCAAGGUUCGCUGCAGCAAGGAUCAACCUUCAUGCCAACGAUGCUUGUAUCAAGGCGUACCAUGCGUCUACAGUCCCUCCCAACGGUCCCGAAAGCGGCCUCCGCCAACUCCGCCAGCGAGCUCCGUCCGGAGCGCAACGAGCGAGAAGAUCAAUACUCAGAGAGGAAUGGAUACACCGCGGGAGGUGCAGAUGACAGAGGCUCCAUCCAUGAACAUGAGCCAGACUGCAAUGCCCGAAUCGAACGAUGAAGCAUUCUCCGACGGAUCUAUGUUCGCACCCGAGGCAAUGAGCCCAAUGAAGUGGAGCGAUUUGCUCGAACCAUUCGACAGCAGACCUCUUUCUCACGAUGAGAUCUCCUGCGCUAUCGAUAUCUCACCAAUGCCAACUCCCGAUCAACAGCCUCAUAUCGAUGGGUCUAUGGAUACUGGGUUCCCGUGGCUAUUGCCCCAAGAUACCAACAAGCCCUUCUGGCCUGGAUCGACAGCGCCCCACCAAACCCCACACCAAUGCUCCCAACUGGCCAUGUCUGCCAUCCAACGGCUAGAUGUGCCAAUGGAAUCAUGCCCGUCCCUAGGCCAUCUGGACCGCAAUCUUCAAUUCUCCAGCCCCGGACCCCGAAGCUUCGACGAUAUUCUCAAAGACAGCCACUCAUCCCUGGAAGAUCUGCUCACAAUCCUGGGCUGUCCCUGCACCGCCAAGAUCGACCUUAUUUUCCUGAUUACCACCUCCUGCACCCGCGUGCUAUCCUGGUACCAAGCUAGUCUAGAUCGCAGCGCAGCCUGUCCAAGUCGCGAUACCGACGGCAGCGAAAGUAGCACCGGCAGCAUCAGGAGCCGGAGCCGGAGUAUCAUUGGAGGAUCGCGGAGGUCGCACCAAGAUAGCAAUGUCAUGCAUGGAUUAUCACGGUCGUUCCACGAGUGGGUGUCGAUCCCGUCGAUCAAUGUUGGGGCAUACACGCUUGAGCCGGGUCAGACUCGGCGCAUGGUUGCGCAGUUGAUCUUAGCGGAGAUCGAUAAAGUGAAAGAGGUCUUGGCCGCGUUCAAUCGCAGCUAUUGUCGCCAGAAAGGGGAGUUUGGUGAAGAUGAUGAGAAGGGGUUGCAUAUGGCUUUGGAGGCUUAUUUGCGACAUCAAAUGAAGACGGUGGCUCUUACGGCGCGAGAAAAUUUGUGCUGA